AAAGCGAGGCCAGCGGGCAAACUGCUCGCAAUCCAAGUUGCGCCUUUAAACGCACCACAGCUGCACAGGAGUCACCAAAAGCCACCGGAAGAAAGACAAUCCUUCAAGAUGAAAGCCUCGCUAGCUCUCGUGUUUUGUGUGGUUGCCGGUCUUGCGGCCGCCGCUUCUCAGCAGCAGUACACUAACAAGUUUGAUAACGUCAACGUGGAUGAAGUCCUAAGCAACAACCGAGUAUUGAAUAAUUACCUCAAGUGCCUGAUGGAAAAGGGCCCAUGCACAGCGGAGGGCCGUGAGUUAAAGCGCCUGCUUCCCGACGCUCUGCAAUCCGACUGCUCGAAGUGCACCGAUGUCCAGCGAAAAAACUCCGAGAAGGUAAUCACCUUCCUUCGCGUCAACAAACCCGGCGAGUGGAAGCUGCUCCUGAACAAGUACGAUCCCAAGGGCAUCUACAGAGCAAGGCAUGAGGGACACUAAGCGCUUUGCUUGUCCAGCAUCUGUUGCUAAAUGCACUCAUUUUACAUGAACCUUAUUUAAAUCACAGAUCCAAAGUAAAGAUUUUAGUUUUUUAUACCUAAA